UGUCACUUAAGGACAUAAUUAUUUGUAUGUUGGAUUUGAUUCAUACUCCAGUAAAAAUAAAAGUCCAGUAGAUUUCACUUUUCAAUAGAUAUUUAUUUAUUAAACCUUGUGGUGUGAGGGUUCAUCCUAAUCACAAAUAAUUUAAUAAUAAAACUGUUCUAGCCAUAAUAAACGAGUUUUAAUUAAUAUGGCAGUUGGAAAAAAUAAAAGAGUCAGUAAGGGUAAGAAGGGUGCCAAGAAGAAGGUUAUAGACCCUUUUUCCCGUAAGGAGUGGUAUAACCUCAAAGCACCAGUAACCUUCAAUGUUCGUAACUUCGGACAGACCCUAGUUACAAAAACAGUCGGAACAAAACUAGCAACCGACGGACUCAAGGGCAGAGUAUUUGAAAUGAGUCUGGCAGAUUUAAACGCAGACGAAGAUCAAGCCUAUCGUAAGAUCAAGUUAUCAUGCGAAGACGUCCAAGGUAGAAAUUGCCUUACAGACUUCCAUGGCACAAGUGUUACAAGGGAUAAGCUUUGUUCAUUAAUUAGGAAAAAUUACUCACUAAUCGAGGCAUUCGCAGAUGUCAAGACACUAGAUGGAUACAACCUCAGGCUGUUUUGUGUAGGAUAUACAAAAAGAAGACCAGGCCAACUGAAAUCUACUUGCUAUGUUAGAACAAGCAAAGUAAGGUUGAUUCACAAGAAGAUGGUGUCAGUAAUGACAAACGAGGCUUCCAACAGCACUCUUAAGGAACUUGUCAAGAAGGUAAUCCCGGAAUCCAUCGGGAAGGAGAUAGAAAAGGCCUGUAAAUCGAUUUUCCCUCUUCAGAAUGUACUCGUUAGGAAGAUUAAAGUCUUGAAGAAGCCAAAAUUCGACCUAACAAAGUUGAUGGAAUCUCACAACUACUCAGGAGAUGAGGAAGGUCGCACUCUCAAAGUGAAGGAGUCAGAAAAUGCAACUAACCUCCUAACUGCUGAGUUACAGUCAAGCUAAUCAAUUUAUUGAAAUAACAAAA